UCCAUCCCCCUCAGAGGUGCCAUGUGCUCUUUGUACGUCGAGUUAGUGGAGGUCCAUGUACUCGAGCAGCUCUAUGCGGCUGCCACUGCGGGCAUAAGCUAUGGCUUCACUGUCGGGGAAAAGGGUCUUGUGCUCAAGGUGCGGGGCUACAACGAGAAGCUCCAUCUGGUGGUGGAGGCCAUUGCCCAGGCGAUUGUGAGUGUGGCCGACAGUCUCGAGGAGUCCAUCCUAAAUAACUAUCGCGACAAUCUCCGGGAGCUCUAUUUUUAUGAGUUGAUCAAGUCGCCGCUGCUUUGCAGGGACAUUCGCGCAUGUGUGAUUGAGGAGUCUCAUUGGCUGACCAUCGACAAGUACAAGAGCAUCAAUGGCAUCACUUUGGAGGAAUUCAAGGCCUUUGCUAAACGGUUCCCUCAGGAGCUGUACAUUCAGGCCCUCAUUUAGGGCAACUACACGGAGCUGUCCGCCUGC